AUGUCCUUGUCUGAAAAAAAGACAUGGUUAUGUUUACGACUUAAUACUUUAUCGUGUUCAUUAUCGGAAGAAUGUAUUAUUUUCAAUGUAACAUGUUAUUCAAAUGGUUACAUUAUUUUUCAUGGUAUUAAUAAUACAGCAUAUCUAGGUAAGAAAACAUUUCAACUUGAAAAAAAUCGAAUGAUUGCUUUAAAUGAAUUUAUUCAAACACAUGCAUUUAUAUCGGAUUUUCAAUCAAUAAAAAUUUUAUUACGUAUUGAAUUAUUUCAUCAUAAUAAUAAUGAAAUAUAUUUUUGGAGAAAUGAUACAAUUAGUUAUACUCUGUUAAUAUCACUUUUAAAUAUUAAUACAUUAUCAUCAUACAAACAUUGGUCAAUAUUACUACGUACUGCUCAUAUUUUAUCAAAUAUUCAACAAAGAAACAAACCUAAACAUUUCAUUGAUAUAAAUUCAAAAUUAAUACAAACAAGACAAAAAUUUCAACAAUCUUUAAAAUAUCAAAAUUCUAUUAGAUCUAUUCGAACAAAACGAAUGAUUAUACCAAUAGCAAAAAUUUCAUAUAGUACAGAUGAUAAUAAUGAUAUUUUUCCAUAUAAUAUAGAAUUUAUUAUGCCAUCAAUUCAAAAAUUAAGAUUAAUAACAGAAAAAUUCAAUGAUGAUAUUUGUUUUUCUUCUAAGGUAAUUGAGUCACAAUUUGAUUUAAUCGAUGCUUGUCUAUCGACGAAUGAUAUUAUUGGAGAUAAUCAAUUUUAUACAUUACGAAAUCUAUUUAACUGGUUUUCAAAUCAAACUAAAUGGUCUAAUGCAUUGAUCAAUUUACAAGAAACAACAACAUUCGAAUCAAUAUCAUAUACAACUACGACAAGUACUAGUGUUACUGAACAAACGACAUUGAGUCACGAUGAAAUAUUAGCGGAAAAUGCUGUUAACAAUGUUGUCAAUAAUCGUAGCGAACUCAUUGGACUAAAUGAUUCACGUAUCACUACGGCACAAGCAUUGGUAGAUAAUCUUCCAUUGAGUUCUCCUAUCAAAGCGACACUUCAACAGAAACUGAACAAUAUUAAAGCUUCACUCACUCAAACAACUGUUUCAUUCAAUGUCACCUCAGAGUCAGCUACAACAAUCAGUUCAGCUAAUACAACGUUCCGUACGACACUUGGUCUGUCUAAUGAAACAUUACAAACAACAGUUACUGCAUCUAGCGAAACAUUCUAUUCAACACCUAUCAGGUCGAACGAAACAGUACAAGCAACAGUCAGCGCAGCUGAUACGACGCUUGUUACAACACUUACUACACCCCAUGGAACCUUACACACAUUGGUUAGUACAUCUGUACAGACAACAAUCAGUGCAGCUAAUACAACGUUCUUUACAACAGUCAGUACAUCUAAUCGAACCUUACAAGCAACAGUUAGUACAUCUGGUGAAAUGUUCCAUUCAACAAUUAGUGCAUCCAAUGAAACAGUUCAAACAACAGUCAGGGCAGCUGAUACGACACAUUCUACAACAGUUAGUACAUUGGGUGAAACGUUCCAUUCAACAUUCGGUGGAUCAAAUGAAACAGUACAGACAACAGUCAGCGCACCUAAUACGACGCUCCUCACAACCGUAGGCCCAUCCAAUGGAACACUAGGUACAACGACUGGUAAUUAUAUACGUAGAUAUACGGAUUUAUUUAAUAUUGCUAGCCUCGGCUAUUGA